AUGCAGGCGGAAAAGGAAGGUCCUUUGCAGUCUGCUAAGGAAGACGAUGGGAGUGGAAUGGCCGUGGAUGCUUUCUACCUUCAAUCGCUUAUUACUGAUGCUUUCCAUGAUAAAGGAUUUCAAAAAAUAGAAGAGUAUUUUCAACAGAGAGAGCACCACAUUCCUCAAAAAUAUAAUCAUCUUCUGUUAUACCGUCUUGACAGAUCAAUAAGCAAGGAACUGGAUAAAAAUGAGUUUCGGAAUGUUUCACUGUUGCUGAAAUGUAUUCAGCGCUUCCUCAUAGAUGGCCUCAGAGAAGAUGAGCCUCUGCUAGUCCAACAGAGACUGAUCCCAAAGAUGGUUUCCUGGUUUGAAAGAACAACAGGAUUUCUGACCAUGGCAGAUCUAGCCUCCGACACAUCCCUGGUUAAUGUUACAGAAGACUUCUUUGACACGGCGUUGAUUAUUUCCACGAGGAGUAGUAAAGGGAAAAUUCAGAUGCUGGAUUCCUUCAUAUUUCCCUUAGGAUCUCUGGUGACAGAAAAGACUGUAAAUCAUUUGAUUCAACGGGAGGCUUUGAAGACUUUGAACUUCAUUUUGCAGGCUGUGCCUCGGGAAGAGAGAAAACAACUCUCCUUGUCAGAAGGCCCGUGUCUUCUUAUGAAGGAUCUUGCAAGGACAAUCUUGACUGUGGGUGAUUAUGACCAGCAGGUUGCUCUCUCUGAAGCGUUGUGUAGACUGACAACGAAGAAGUCAAGGGUUGACCUUGUCCAUCAGUGGUUUGAAGAUGAUGUCAUUGCUGAAGCUUUCAAAGAAAUUAAGGAUCGAGAAUUUGAGACGGACAGUAGACAAUUUCUCAAUCAUCUAAACAACAGACUUGGUGACCAAAGAAGGGUCUAUUCGUUUCCAUGUAUGGCUGCUUUUGCUGAUGGGAAUGAGAUGAAAAAACCAGCAGAUGAAAAAUUAGAGAAAUUUUGGAUUGAUUUCAACCUAGGAAGUCAGAGUGUAACUUUUUAUAUAGACAAUACUGAGAGCGCUCUGUGGGACUCAAUUAUACUUUCGAAGGAAGCAGUGAUUAAUUUCAGCAUAAUAGAAACCGAGAGGAUGAAGAUGCUCGUCAUUAACCUGAAGCCUAUUAAUAUCAGAAACAAAGAAGUAAUGAAAAUAGAAAUCCAUUUUGAUUUGCAAUUCGACAUAUCAGAAGCUUCCAUUAAAGCAUUAGGAGAAGACAAACAGAUGUUGCCUGACCAGACAAAAUUCUCAGAACAUUUUGGUGAAUUUGCGAAAGACGACAUUGAAUUUCCCAGCAGCGACAAAAGAGAGACAGACCAAGCAGAAGAAUCUACCAAGCUGGCAGAGUUAACAAGUGCUGGAGAUGACCGCUGCCUAAUAACUCUGCCCUUUAACCAGUCUGAGCCUGCUCAAACAAGUACACCUAGUCAUUCACAUGAAAAAUCGAAACUGGAUGAUACAGAAAAAGUUGCUUCAGAACUUGAGAAUUCUUCAGAUUUACAAGAAGCUUCAGUAAAAAUUCAGGCUUCUAAAUUAAAUGACAAAUCUAGGGAAGAGUCUGCUUUUGAGGAUGACGGAAAGCAGGAAACAAGGAUGUCGAAGCUUGAUUACAGGAAACACCUCUUCUCAGAGAGUAAUCCAGAUUCAAGCACCAGUACCAGUGAGCUGCCUUGGACAAAUGACCAGAAAAGAAAAUCCCUAAAACCAUAUUCUGGUAGAAAAAAGACAAGAAUCAGAAGUAGGGUAAAAAUCUUGCCACUCUUCCCUCCCAGUAGUGGCAGUGACCGUGAGAAAGACGAAGUGACUAAACUUCUAUCACCUUUAUAGAAAAAUACCUCCAGGCAAAAUAAUGCCACACCUCCAAAAGUUUCUGGAAAAAAAUUUCAGGGUAGUUCUGUCUUUUUAACUCCUGAAGAUUCUGCCCAGAAAACAGAACUUCAAAGUCCCCACCCACUGAGCAAUCUCUCUUCCUUGGAGCACUCAGGAGUUGAAGAAAAUGUAUCUAAGACUGUGAACCAAGAGUCAUUGAUGAAAAGUACUAGCUUCAAACAUAAACUGCAAAACUUGGAAGACAGAGACAUAUCAGAUGAUAGUUUUGCUAAGUGGAAACAGUCAAAAUUGGAAGAAGAUGAUGUUCCAGGCUCCCUUUCCUCAGUGACAGAAGAAGCAGACUUGGCAGAAGGCAUUUCUACUCCAUCCCUAGAAGUUGUGCUAGAGAACUUGAAUGAUUCUUCCAUUAUCACAACCUUUGAAAACUUCACUAGAGAACUGAAAAGACAGUACGAGUUAAGGUACAGAAGGAGUCUACUUCAUUCAAAAAAUGUAAAGCAAGCACCGGAUUGCCUAAUGAAACUUUUAAACCAGAUACAUCAGUGCAGACUGAAUAAACUAGAGCAGUUUCGCACUUUUGUUCUUCAAGAGCUGAGCAACCUUGAGGAGGCUAUUCAGGAUCUGAAACACCUUGAGAAGGACGUUCUGGAAUUUUGUAGGAAACAGUCUGACGAUCUGAAAUCAUUCUGUGAUCUGCAAGUGUUGAGGCUUAAUCCCAUUCAGCCUUCAUGAGGAAAACCAAAGCCCAGUUUUAUUAUCGCAUUCCUGGGUCUGAGCUGCCUGAGGAUGAAGAUGGCUCGGCCACACAAGCGGUGCACCGGUGCUCUGUGCUCAUGCAUUUUGCUCACUCAGGAUGGAGUCCCUGAGAGCUGCAGAGUUGGAACAGAAGAUGUUGUUAGUUUGCAGUUGUGUUCUUAUCCAUUUGUUCACAAAAGUUAACCCUUUGCAUUAAAAUUUGGUCAGAAAAUGGGAAGUUAAGGGACUUUAGCAACUUGGAGUAGUGUUGCUUUUUUCUUUUUAAUGGUUUUAAAAGUAAAAUUGAUUUUUAUUUGACAAGUGUCUUUAAGUUAUGUGAAAAAAAAACCACCUUGGCAUCUGUAUACAUACUACUUAGUGUAUCUUUUGGAGGGAGAAUUUAAUUUGAAUGUGAUGAAAAUAGCUCAGAUGAAAAUGGUGUUGUAUUUUGAGAUAGUUAUUAUUUCAUUUGAUCUGCAAACAUUUCUAGUUUCUCUGGCACCUUAACAAAUCCUCCAGCUUUAGCAGAGGAGAACUAUUCAUCAUGUGAUAAUUACUAAAUGCUCUAAUAAAGUCUGAGCACAGCAAGUUGUGAAUACA